AUGUUGCCUUGUUCGGUGCGCCGCGUGGCCGCCGUCCCGCCGACCCCCCUCGUCUCAUCCUUGAGCGCCUCUGCCCCUAGAGCCGCUGCCACCGUGGGCAUCGCGAGGCCCAUCCGCCACCAGCGACGAUGGUCUUCUUCGAAACCUUCCAGCUCUGACAAUGGUCCGAAAGAUAUCCCCGGCCAGUCUGCCGUGCCUGCAUCGGCCUCUUCCCGGUCUGGCCAGAGCAAGACCACCGGCGAGAAGCGGAAACGAAAGAGCAAAGAUAGCGCCGAGCGAAACGCCUCACAAAAGCUGCCGAGCGUCCCCAGCACUCAGCACCUGUCUCAAGAAGCUCUUGGCCUGUCGACCUUCUUCUCUCUCCACCGCCCGAUUUCUGUCACACACAGCCUGCCCAAGUCGAUUACCGAGGAUGCCUUUGCCUCCAUCUUCGCCUCACGCAACAGGGCGAAUAAUGCCGGCGACGUGAUUUCGACCCUCUCGCGGACAGCCGACGAGCUCGACGGCGCCAUGGCCAAGAUGACCAUUGCCGACCAGCCUGAACCCGAUGCCCAUGGCGACCCCGUGCGAAAGAUCGACGUCCAGCACCACGAUGGCUCCGAGUCCAGCGUCUACGUCCAGCUCAACUCCAUGGCCGGCCAGUUCGUUCCUUUCCGCCCACCUCCCAUUCCUCAGCCGCAGACUGCUGCCACGGCCAGUGAGGCUCAGGUCGAGGCUGCUGCCGAGGAGCUCCUCGACGACACGCCGCAACACCGCGUCUACAAGGCCCUCUUCACCAUCGAAGAGUCGACCGACGCCGACGGCCAGGUCCGCGUUCUCGCUCACAGCCCUCGCAUCGUCCAGGAUGGUGCGCCCCGUAGCUUCCUCGAGCGCAUGGCCAGGCGACAGAUGCUCUUCGAGGAGGCGCAGGGCACCACCGACACCAUGCACGCCAUCAGCGUCAAGCGCCAGCGCAAGCUCAAGAUGAAGAAGAAGAAGUACAAGAAGCUCCAGAAGCGCGACCGCAACCUGAGGCGGAAGCUAGAUAGGACCUAG